AUGUCCGAACCAGCCUCUGCGCCCUUCGUUUAUGGCGGUGAUAGUUUUAGCGCCUUUCCGAGCAGACGGAGUGUCGUCCACAGUACAAAGGGAAUCAUAAGCACGAUUUCGCCUUUGGCAAAUGAGGCUGCUCUGAAGAUCCUUCGCGAUGGAGGCAACGCGGCGGCAAGUCUCCCCAUGCAUGAUGCUGCUGUUGCAGCCGCGGCUGUUCUAAAUCUUGUCGAUCCUGCCAUGACCGGGAUAGGGGGAGAUGCCUUUGCCCUGUUCUACGAUGCCAAGAACAAGAAGGUGCACGCUCUCAACGGUUCCGGACGCUCAGCAGCAAAGGCGAAGCCUGAUGACAUCUGUCGCGAUCUCAACAUCGUUGACCGUAUUUACGGAACCAUCCCCCCGACCUCAGCCCUCUCGGUGACGGUUCCUGGCGCUGCUGCCGCAUGGGUUGACAUUGUCAGCCGUUUCGGCUCUGGUGUCUUGUCGUUGGAACAAGUGCUUGCUCCCGCCAUUGAUCUUGCCGAGAACGGCUGUCCCAUCAGUGAAAUAAGUAGCUACCAUUGGGCAGCGACAGAGGAUGAACUCCGGGGCAAACCGAAUGGGAUAGAUCUGUUGAAGAAGGACCCAGCAGCGCCACUGGGUCAUAGAGCGCCUCGACCUGGAGAGCUCUACAAGAAUGGGCUCCUGGCUGGUACCUUUCGACGGCUUGCGGAGCACGGAAAGGGGGGCUUCUACGAAGGCCCUGUCGCUGAAGCGAUUGUCCAGGCCACCAGCAGUAUCGGUGGAUAUUUGACACUGGACGAUCUCAAAGAUCAUGAAAGGCUCGGGAGUGAUAUCACCGAGCCCAUCUCGUUUCGUCUCCAGCCGCAGGCAUUUCGGAAGGACGGCUCUCAGGACGACAAAGCAAUCGAGCUCUGGGAGCACGCGCCGAAUGGGCAGGGCAUUGUUGCUCAGAUCACACUUGGAAUCCUGCAGGCGUUGGAAAAGGGGGGCAAGAUCCCAAAGUUUGGCCAGCAAGAUCACAACUCGGCUGUGUAUCUCCACGCCCUUGUCGAGUCCUUAAAGAUAGCCUUUGCGGACGGCUCCUGGUUCAUUACCGAUCCCCAGGCAACCGAUAUCGACCCGCUGUCGUUGAUCGCCGAUGAGUAUCUCGCUGAACGAGCCUCGUUGUUUCAACCCGACAGAGCUUCUGUGGUGCUGAGUCCUGGCUCGCCCGUGCACAAGACCAGCGACACGAUUUAUCUUGCCGUCACGGAUCCGCAGGGAAAUGCGUGCUCGUUCGUGAACAGCGUGGCCGACACGUUUGGCAGUCGCAUUAUCCCUCCUGGCGUAGGUUUCGUGCUGCAGAACCGAGGAGCCGGCUUUCAUCUCAAUCACGAGCACCCGAACGCAUAUGCGCCUGGCAAAAGACCGUAUAACACCAUCAUACCGGCGCUGGUGACCAACGCCAGCGAUGGUAGCCUGCAUACUGUGCUCGGUGUCAUGGGUGGCGCGAUGCAGCCACAGGGUCACGUCCAGGUGUUGCUGAACAUGGCGGUCUUUGGCAUGAACCCUCAGGUUGCACUCGACGCCCCGCGCGUGUGCAUUGGCGUCAGUCUUCCCGGGAAGUCGACAGACCCGAGCAAGAACGUUGACAGCACGGUUUACCUGGAGGAAGGGAUCAGUGACGAAGUUGUGCAGGCUUUGGCGCAAUUGGGCCACGACGUCAAGGUUCUCGUGGGGGCGAGCCGGUCGCUUUUUGGGCGCGGUCAGGUUAUCCGCGUCCAUCGUGACGCCACAUUCGACGGGCAGCGAGUCUAUUCGGCCGGCAGUGAUAUGCGUGGCGAUGGCGCAUCGGCGCCUCUCAUUUAA